GCUGGAGAUCCCCCUUAGUGGCUAAGAAUGUAAGAGAAAGCAGGAAAAGGCUGGGUUUUUUUAAGUUUUAAAGCCACCCACGACCCAGAAACGAUUGCUGUUUCCUUCCCUCCUGAAGCAGGAAAGGCGCACCUUUCUGCAGACAAAGCGGCUCAGCGCGGGCCCGAGUGGCUUAGAGGUCGGGGCUAAGGAACCCGCGUUUGCAGCAGCCCGGGCUGCGUCCCGCUGCGGGCGCGGUCGCCUCUGCUCGCCCCUCCCAAGGGAAGCUCUGGGAGAGCCCGGGCGGUGCAGGGCAACCCCGGCCCCGAGGCCCCAGCGGCGGGCGCAGCCCCGUUGCCCGGGGAACCGCAGCGCCGGCCGGGUAGCGGGCGAGCGAGGGACGAGGCCCGGCAGGCCAGGCAUGGAGCUGCCGGACCCUGUCCGUCAGCGCCUGGGCAACCUCAGCCUCACGGUGUUCCGCGACUCCAGCCGCACGGGGCCCGGGCCGGGGCCGGAGCCCAGCGAAGCGGCGGAUAAUGAGAUGGUCUCCAGCUUGCCGCUGCAGAUGUCACUGUAUUUCAACUCUUACUUUUUCCCGCUGUGGUGGGUGAGCUGCAUCGCGAUGCUCCACAUGAAGUAUUCCGUCUUGCCCGAUUACUACAAAUUCAUUGUGAUCACCGUCAUCGUCCUCAUAACGUUGAUCGAGGCUAUCCGGCUGUACCUGGGCUGCAUGGGGAACCUGCAGGAGAAGGUCCCCGAGCUGGCGGGCUUUUGGCUUUUGAGCUUUCUGCUGCAGUUGCCUCUAAUCCUCUUCUUGCUCCUGAACGAAGGCCUAAGGAAUCUGCCCCUGGAGAAAGCAAUCCACAUCGUCUUCACCGUCUUCCUGGCUUUCCAAGUCAUCUCGGCGUUCCUGACCCUGAAGAAAAUGGUCAACCAGCUGGCAGCCCGUUUCCACCUCCAGGACUUUGACCGGCUGUCGGCAAACAGUGCAGCUCUGAGGAGGAGGAGGCCGUUUACCGAAGAGCUCUGAUCCCGCUGAAGAGUCCGUGCGUCCGAAAGGACUGAGACAAUGACAGAGCAUCUGAGAUCAGGCCUGAGAAAGGGCACGCGAGUUCUGGGGUUGCAUCCUGCUGCCCUCUGAAAUCCUUUGUGGGCCAUGAAAGCAAUCUAUUGGCCCUGAAGCUCAGGGCGUGUGCAGCAGACACUAAAUUUCUUGUUUCUGACGUUGACUUUUCAGGUGUUUACUUAUAAGUCCAUUGGUAGUUGUAAUCUAUCACCUUUCCGUAAUGUUUCUAGCUGUACACUGUAACUAGAAACAUAGACUUUAGGGAAAAAUCAGUUUUCGUCAAUGGAAUCUCACUGAGUAUCUCAACACACUCCAGGACAUGCCCCACACCCAGAAGUUGGGAAACACAAAACAAACUCAGUGGUAUUUUUGCGGACUUUUUGUUUCAUUCUGAUUUUGUUUUGGCUUUUUUUUUUUGUCUUAUUGUUAGUGGGUAGGAAGUUAGAGACGAAUUGGGAAAAAGGAAAAGAAACAUGCAGAAUAUGUGGUAUGAAGAAAAAAUUAAAUAAAAAAAGAAAUGUGUAACAUCUCCUUUAAACUUUUCGGUUAUCUAAUUGGCCACUCUGGGUUUCUUGGAACGUUUGGAGAUGCUUGCUCAUCGGCAUGCUCAUGCAAUAGAUGGUAAUUUUAACCAAGACAAAUUUUGGGUGUGCCAGUGCUCAAUUCCAAAUCUCUUCUCAGAUGCGGUUUUGAGGGGAGGGAGGUGGGUGUGAUGUGGUAUUUACAGAGUUUAUCCCGAGGUGAAGGAGGCAGGCAUAUUGUGGUAUUUAAGAAAUAUUUUGUCCAAAGCAAUACAAAGAAACCCUGUCUCUAAAAACCAAAAAAAAAAAAGAAAGAAAGAAAUAUUUUGGCACAAAACCGGCUUCAGUAUGUGUGACGGAGACAUCUGUUUUUACUAAAUGGUAAGCUAUUUACAUUAAAGUAUCAGUAGUGCA